CUCCAACAAGACAAGUGAAGCAGAGAUGGAAAUUCCAGGCUCCGAAGCUCCACCUUCCUCUUCUCUGUUAUAAAUCUGGGGAGGAGGCUUCCAAAAUCAGUGAGAACCAGAGAAGCAGUGAGCAACCCGAUUGAAAGCCACAGACACAGCAAUGGCCAGAGUCCCGGAUGUCCUGCUGCCGGGAUGCUUCAGCGAGGAAGAGGAGGAGGAAGUGACUGAGUUCCGCAGCAGGAACGAGGUCUCCUUCUAUGACUCUGCCCAUCGUCCUGAUAACCUUUCCAUGCUAAAGAGUGUCAGCCCAGAGCAUGCCGCUUCCCUCAAGCCAAGCAUGGAGCUACGAAGACAGAGGAGGCACCCGGGCCGCGGCAGGCCAUUCGCGGAUGCUGAUCUGAGCAAGAUGCUGAACAGCAACUUGGUGGAAGAUCUUGCUUCUUUUGCUGAGGCUGGCCGUGUGUCUGCGGGGAUAGCGUCUGUGUACACCAAUGUGGGAGUUCCACAAAGAUACAGAUGCAUUCAAGACCCGGACAAUAAGAGUUUUUACCUGGACCGGCAUCAGGGGCAGGCCCAGCUGCUUGCAGUACACUUACCUGCCAGUUACAAGCCAGCGAUGCUGGAUCUGCACAUCUAUCACUCACCACUGGGCAGUGAUGUCAGGCGAGGACGGCCUGUCGCUGUAGACAUUGUAGGCAGCGAGUUGUACCUGAGCUGCCUCAAGGAUGGAGAAAGAUGCCGGCUGCAGCUGCAGGAACCAGAGAAGCCCUUGGAGCAAAUCUCUGGAAAGGACAUGAAGUUUCUCUUUUAUUACCAGAACAGCAGCAACAACACAAGCGCCACUUUCGAGUCUGUUGCCCACCCUGGCUGGUAUGUUGCCACUUCCAAGCUUGCUCGUGAUCUUGUUAGGAUGCACAACCACACUGGAGAACAAUUCUACACUGACUUUUAUUUAUUUGAAUAUCCCUAAACAGCAGUUAGUGGUUACAUCCACAGUGGACUUAUUUAUUUAUUUAUUUAUUUAUUAUAUUUUAGGUGUCCAAAGUUCCCAGGACCAAGCACAAAAGCACCAUGCCUUGUACAAUUCCUUUACUCACAUGUUAUACAUGUUACAUAUAGUAAGUUACGCAGAAACACUUUUCUGCUAUAGAAGAUCUUCUGAAAAUCUCCAGCCAAGAUGGCAGUUGCUCUUGCACUGGGUUCUUCUCUGCUUUUGAACAGGCACCAGCAUUUAAUUUUACUGCUUCUCUACAGAAAUCAGUAGAAAUCUUGGCAUGUGUAGUCAUCAAAAGAUACUCUGAUUCCUCCACAGAUCAGUCAAGCUGCCCAGUCUGUCAGUCUCAGGCAGGCUCUGAUUACUUACUGGCGGAAGGGAGGUAUUCUGCACAUGCUCAGAUGCACUGGGUGGUAUUUCAUGCUAGUCCUACUCAGAAUAGGCCCACUGAAGUUAAUAGACAUGACGGGUAACAGGUGAAUUUUAGUGAGUUUACUCUGAGUAGAACUUAGUUGAAUACAACUCACUAUACUUCCAAUAAAACACACACAUGCACAGCACAGCUUCGGGCUGAGCCCUUACUGAGAUCCUGGAUGUGAUAUUUACCACUUUCUAAUGCAGAGAAGGAUCAAGGUACAUUUAUUUCAAUAUUCAGCUUCUGUGGAGGAGUUGUAAGUGGUAAUUAGGAUUGGAACCAAUUCAGAAUCAAAUUAGUGGUUCCUUUUUAUUCUUAAGCGAAUCCCAAACCUUUUGAGCUACACAGAACCCUUCCAAAUCUGCAGUAUGGAGAGGCUGACCUACACAGUUGAAAGGAUUAGUGAAAUGAUUACAUGAAAAACAAAGUUUCUUUGUUUUUGCUGCAACAGACUAACAAGGCUAUAUUAAUUUCUUUGCAUAAUAUAAAUGCAUUAUGUGUUGCUAGUUGAUUGUAUUAUUAAGUUACAUUUGUUACAUAUGGGGAGAUUGUCUGAAAUCAUCCAGGAAACAGGUUAAUUUAAUAAAGUUUCCAAUUUUCUGUUUGGUUGCUAUAGCACUUAAACUGUUCUGCUUGAAGUUAACAAAAGAGCCUUUCUCAAAGUGGUGGGGAACCUCCAGGCCACAGGCCUAAUUAAUGCCACCAGGUUGUUUUGGGUAAACUGGGCCCUGAUAUCAGACACUAGAAAGUUCAAAGUUCUUCCUUUGCAAGAAAGGGAGGCAAAGGAACAUUUUUCUUUUGCAGCCUUGGCUUGAACAUAGCUUGGGUUCAGCUGCAGCUUGAACAGAUAGCUUGUAUUCAGGUUGUGACUGUAAAGGAUGAAAAUGAGAAUCAGGUGAACAUAUAGUUCUUACCUUUGAAGCCCUACCCACCUGUCAAAGUGGCCCACCGGGAGUGGAGGAUACCAGGAUUCAGCCCACUGGCUGGACCCUGCUACCCACCUUUGCUUUUUAGUAUUCAGGAAACCAGAAAUCUCUGGUCAGGCAGCCUCUGUGUCUUUUGCAUUACAUAAUUCCUGUUUGCUUUCUGCCUUUUCCCCAAGGAAUAGGGUCCCCCCCUCCAGUUUAUUCUAACUGUGAGAUAGGUUAGGCUGAGAAUGAAAGAGAAUGAGUCUGACCAAGGAGCUUCAUGUCUAAGCAGAGAUUUGAACCCAGGCCUCAGACAAUGCACUUGCUACAUCACCCAGCAGCUCUCAUAGGUGCUGAGUGGGGCAGAUGUGAAACUAAGGAUUUUUGUAUAUCUGCACACUUAAAGACACUAAACCAGAUUACUUGCAUGAAGACUAAUAGGCUAAUCCAGUCAACUCAGUGGGACUUACUUGGUUCUAACUCUGUAUGUUUGACAAGAGAGCCAGCUUUUAGAGAUCAUGAGUGUGUGCAUUAUAUGUCUGUAUAACAUUCAGCUAUUUUGAACCAUUUUGUUUUUAAGAAACCAAUGUAUUACUAAUUUUUUACAAUUCCAGUAAGUGUUAAAGAUAAGU